GUGAUAACAAUUUAUAUUUUACAUUCUACAAAAUUAAAAUUAAAUAUAACGGAAAGAAUAUUUGUUUUGGAAAAGAAGAUGACCAUCAAUUUGGUACAGGAGUUCGAGUACACGAGCAAGUUCAUCUCUUGCGUAUCCCUCGACAAUUCGUUUGUCUUCUCGACGGACGAUGGUCUGUUGAUCGUUGACAUCCAGUCGGAUCUGUUCAGACCAUCUGCAGACUACAAAGUAUUUAGGACGUCAAUCCCAUUCUCAAAGGAAAAACCAUUUGAAGAUAAAAAUUUCAAAGAAAUACGUUACCAAAGACCAGUGGUGUGUCAAGAACACAAUUUAGCAGUAUAUCCUAAUAGUAAAAAUUGGAAUGUCAUUUAUAUGGGAAACAAUAGCAAUAUAGUGUUUUUAGAAAAAAAUAAUAAUAAAUGGGUAGAAAAAUUAAGUGAAAUACCACAAAAAUGGUUUUUAAUAGUGUCUAAGAAACCUUGUUUCUUAGUUGACAAAAAAAAUCUUAGUUUUUUUAAAACUGAAAAUCGAAUUCUUUAUUAUUGCCGUGAAAAAGAAAAGUUUUUACAAAUUAAAAAUUUUGUUUUUACUCAUACCUUGAAAUAUGAAAAUGAAAUAGAAGUUUAUGGAACAAUAUGUUGUCAUUUAAAUAAUAUGUUGACAUUUUGGUCAACUUCAUCAGGGAAAUCACUUUUUUUGACAGAGUUUGAAUUUCAUAGUGUUUCUAUAAAACAUAUUAAAUGGUUUUGUAUAUCAAAUGAAUUAUUUUGGUUAGUAGUUUCUUUGACAAAUGGCCAAGUUUAUGUUCAUGAAAUAUUAAACUAUCCUAAUGUAAAUAAUACAUUUUUAUUGUGGCCGGAUGAAGACUUUGCCUGUGUGAAUAACAUUCGAAUAGAAAGUAUUUCAGAUGACCAAUGUCUUAUAUUUUUUACAAAAAUGUCAUUUAUAUUGGUUAUGUUGUAUUCAUUAACUAAAAAACAAAUUUUAUCAACAAAAAAAGAAAUGAUCCCAAAGACUGCAAUUAUACCUGGUUUUACAAUUGUAUUAGAAAAAAAUUUGUUAAUAUUAGUGACAGAUGUUGGUAAAUUUAUUUGUAUGUAUUUUUCUACUAUAAAAUCAGAAGUAACUUAUACUUUAAAAAUAGUAAAUAACAAUUUUAGUGAACAAGUACAAAACUAUACUUGUACAUCAGUAGUAUUUUCAAGAAAUGAGUGUAUUUGUGUUCUCGCAUUUCAAUGCAACAUAGCCAAGUAUAGUAAAAAUGAUGGCCACGUUAAAAAUAAAUUACUAUUCUGUACAAUUCCUGAAAGUUUAGUGGAACUUGAAACAAAAAUUUUAUCAGUAAAUGAUUAUGAUUAUGAUAAUGUUAUUGAUUGUAUUGAGGCUUUAAGGAUUAAUAGAAUGCUCGAUAAAUCAAAUAAAGUAUGCCAGUUGGAUAGGAAUUCAUUAGACAAAUUAUCCAUCCAAAAUCUUAAACUUACUUAUUGGAAUGUAGCCUUCAAAAUUAAGAAAAAUGAACAAGAUGAAAAUAUUUUACAAGAGUUACAAAUGUUACUUCAUAUGCGUCAUUUGAUAAAUUAUUUUUCUAAUAAGAAAAAAAAAUUUAAAAAUGAAGACCAAUAUUAUUGUCGUACAAUGCUAUCAUUUUAUAUGAAUAAACUACCAGUAGAAUAUGUUCAAGUUAAUGCAGAUGCUGCUAAUUUGAUUGAUUCUUAUAAGGAUGCUAAGCAUACAUACUUUUGCAACACAUGUGAACGAAUUUUGUUAUCGUUUACAGAUUUCAGAAUGUUUGUUUGUGAACAAGAACACAAAGAACUCAGAUGCCCAGUUACUCUAGGACCGCUCGGUAUGCCAAGUUUAGUAUGUUCAAUGUGUUUUACAAUGGCUAAUAUUAGUGCAGAAAAUCAAAGUUGUGUUUGGUGUUUUGGAAAAUAUGUACCAAACAAACUACUAUUUUAAGUUCCAGAAAUUAAUGUAUAUGACAAAAUACAGUGUUAAUUAAUUAAUUGCAUACUUGUUCAA